CACUGCAGCAGUCAGAGUGGCAGCCAGAGGAUUGGUCCAUGCUGUGCCCUCUGGACGGUGCUGGUGAGGCUGAGCAAGAGGCCUCCACAUCUCGACACCUGGGAGAGGGGGGAAGGAGUCUCACCAGGGUAGAGGAUCAUGUUGCGCCGCAAGCCCUCCAAUGCCAGUGAGAAGGAGCCCACUCAGAAGAAAAAGCUCUCCCUUCAGCGCUCCAGCAGCUUCAAGGAUUUUGCCAAAUCCAAACCCAGCUCCCCCGUGGUGAGCGAGAAGGAAUUUAAUCUGGAUGAUAAUAUUCCAGAAGAUGACUCAGGUGUUCCUACCCCAGAGGAUGUUGGGAAAAGUGGCAAAAAGCUGGGGAAGAAGUGGAGAGCAGUGAUUUCCCGAACCAUGAACAGGAAGAUGGGCAAGAUGAUGGUGAAGGCCCUGUCAGAGGAGAUGGGAGACACGCUGGAGGAGGGCUCAGCCUCCCCAACAUCUCCAGAUUGCAGCCUGGACAGCCCUGGUCCUGAGAAAAUGGCCCUGGCCUUUGCUGAGCAGGAGGAGCAUGCACUCCCAGUGCUCAGCCGCCAGGCAUCAACGGGCAGUGAGCUCUACAGCCCCAGCACAGGCUCUGGGAGCUUCGGGGAGGAAUCACCUGCCCCACUGUACAUAGGACCCUUCUGUGGCCGAGCUCGAGUCCACACUGACUUCACUCCUAGCCCCUAUGACCACGACUCCCUGAAACUGCAGAAAGGAGAUGUGAUCCAGAUCAUUGAAAAACCACCUGUGGGCACAUGGCUGGGCCUGCUCAAUGGCAAGCUGGGCUCUUUCAAAUUCAUCUACGUGGAUGUGCUGCCUGAGGAGGCUGUGGGGCCUGCCCGCCCCAGCCGCCGACAGAGCAAGGGCAAAAGGCCCAAGCCCAAGACUCUGCAUGAGUUGCUGGAGCGCAUUGGUCUGGAGGAGCACACGUCCACCCUGCUUCUCAAUGGCUACCAGACACUGGAAGACUUCAAAGAGCUACGGGAAACACACCUCAAUGAACUGAACAUCACGGACCCACAACACCGGGCCAAGCUACUCACGGCUGCAGAGCUGCUGCUGGACUAUGACACUGGCAGCGAGGAGGCUGAAGAGGGCGCUGAGAGCAGCCAUGAGCCAGUGGUGCACACAGUGUCAGAACCCAAGGUGGACAUCCCUCGUGACUCCGGCUGCUUCGAGGGCUCAGAGAGCGGGCGUGAUGAGGUGGAGCUGGCAGGCACUGAGGAGCAGCUGCAAGGCCUCUCCUUGGCUGGGGUACCUUGAGGUAGAGGCUGGGCCUGAGCUGCAGAGGCCACAGGGAUGAAAGAUCUGCGCCCAGAAGACAGUGCCAUGCCUGCCCCUGCUUUCUCAGGGUCACUUAGGGCCACAGGGCUGGCCAGAGCCCUACAGGCUCAGCUGGAGUGGACAAAGGGCCACCCAAAGGCACAUCCUACCUGCCGAACCCCUCCCUCUUCCAAUGACUGACAGCACAGCCCUCCUGGCACCAUCCACUCCCCCAGGCCCCAGCCGUAGCAGGUGGGACAUUGAGGGAAGAAAGUUGUGGGGACCACACGUUCCUUCUCCCUAACUUGCUUAGAGGCUUGGCUGCCCAAUCACUAUGAGACUUGAACCAAGUGCCUUCCCCUCUCUGAGCUUUGUACUUGUCGGAAUAGACUGGGUAGUCACUGAGGACCUUCCUGGCCAGCUCUGACACUGUGAUUUUAAAUUUCUGCUCUCCUGCUUCCUGUGGCUUGGCGAAACACUGGGGCUUACUGAGGAGGCUGGAGUGGCCUCAGGCUUCCAAGUGAAAUGUCUCUUUCUGCUUAUCCAUUUCACACCUUCCCUCAAGACUCAGGCUGAGCUGCAACUUCCUCUAGUUUAAAACAAUGCAUAUACCUCAUACAGUGCGUGCACCCUUCCAAUCCUGGCCCUCUCAAAUUAGACUUCCCAGAAGACUAAUAGCAGGUGCUUAUACCUGGCUUCCAAGGACACAAAUGCCUCUCAGAUGCCAGUUGGAAGUCUGGGUCUAGACUUGGCCACGUGUGAGUCCUUACAAACAAAAAAAGCACUGAGCUUGACAUUGGGAAGUCCACUAGCCAACACUGCUUUGCUAAAGUUUGGGUGUACCCUGAGCUCCACAAAGUAUGGAGGCUAUCUGUUGAUAAAGUCCUCCCUUGUCCCCAGUAGCCAGUCUUUGCCAUGAAUCUCCCAGAGGAGCCCUUCCCUGGUAUGGGACCAACAGUGCCCACUACCUCUAGAACUUCCUGCUUUGUAGUCACACUUCUUGACCUGCUACCAGGAACUUUGGGGAAAGCUAGCUUUGGGGAAGGGGCUAGGUGUAAAUAUGAAGGGGAGGAGGGAGACAAAUCAGAAGAAAUAAAAUAUAGGUAGAAUUAAAUUACUGUCUCUAGUUAUCUUUCCUAUGGAGUGAGGGUUUGUGGGGAGGGACAAACAGGUCUUCAUAGCUGGUCUCAGCAAAAUGUCCCUCCACUGAUCUUUCAGGGCUAUCCACCCCCUCCUUGAUAAUGCCCAGUGCCCUCGGUUCUGCUUACCUAAAGCUCCAUCUGAAUCCUUGGCUGGCUCUGCCCUUCCAUUUGAGCAGCCGUUCUGAGAGCAGGGCUCUGGCUUCCAUGGCUACAGCUUUUCUGGGGUCUGAGAGUGGGACAGAAGGGAAACUAUUUCCAUUUUCCUUUAACAGUUCAUUUUAACAAGAGCCUUGAAAACCCUCUUUCCUGUGAAGAAGGGCCAGCAUUGGAGGGCUGUCCAAGGUGCAAGAGGGGGAGAGCCGUGGUCAGCACAGCCUUUCCCCUUAAGCCCUGUGCCUACUAAAGCUGUGUCAGGCCGGAUGGAGAUGGAGACACUGACUUCCUGUUGCUGCUGCAUUCACUGCAUUAGAGAAGGCAAACUGGAGUGAGAAUUGUCACUGGAGUGAAGGCAAGGCUACUCUCUUUCCAGGCUGGCUUCUCAGCUACACUCAUCCCAGUGCCUGUAGUGACUGUAGGCAUCAGGAAUCUAAGUGUUAUCCUCACCCAAGAAGCAAGAGCCCUAACAGCCUCAAAGCCACAAGGGAACUGAGUAACUACUGCCCUUAGUGAGCACAGGCACUGAGAACUUUACAUAUAUUAUACCAUGUAAUCUUCAGUGUCCUCGAGGUACGCCAUCAUCAUCUCAAUUUGCAGAGAAGGAAACUGAAGCUCAAAGAGGCUGAUUAUGAAGUUGCAGAGCCAGGAGUCUGCCUGACUCUCAAGGCCAUGUUCUUAACAGUGCUUCUCAAAAGGCCUCUUCCAACAAACUUUUCAGAGGCAUAGGCAGUUCGGAGGGCAAUCUGACCAUUGACUCAGACUUUCAUCUUCCAAGAUAUGGUCUACAAAAAGAGCCACACAAAUGCACAAAGAUAUACAGACAAAGACAGAUCUGUCUGCAAUAUUAAAAACUUGGGAGCCUGGGGUGGUGAUACAUUCCUGUAUCCCAGCACUCUGGGAGGCCAAGGCAGGAGGACUGGAAGUUCAAGCCCAGCCUGGACAACUCAGUGAGACUGUCUCAAAAUAAAAAAUAAAAAAGGGCUGGGGAUGUAACUCAGUGCAAAAGCCACAGUUCUGUCCCCAGUAACCCCUUUCUCCCCUCCAAAAAUAAAGAGAAAAAAAAGGAAACAACACAAACCGCAAAUUAGAUGGAAUCAGGUGUGUCCAACCUGCAGCCCAUGGGUCAGACACACCGAAGUUACUAUA